GUUGAGUAAAACCAUUAGUCAACGAGAUAAUAACUUAAUAUAAUUACUAUAUAUUUGUAAAAAAAAAUAUAUAAUUAGCAACAUUAUAAAAAUGCGCUUUCUCGGGCUUACAGUGGCGAAGUGAAAAGGUCGUGAUCUGUAUUGAAAGCACACUGUCUUCGGUUCUGUGUGUUAUUGAGGAUGUGGAGGGCAGGUGGUGUCCUGAGUUUGAGGGUGUCAUGGAGAGGAGCGGACAGACUAUGUUCCAGCAACCCACCAAAACCUUCAUCCUCCUCUUCAUCUCAGGCAAACUCCUCUCCACGACCCCAGGCAGAGAAACAGAGGCGUAGACGAGAGCGGGAGAAGGCCAUACUGUCUCGUCUGCAGAGUACUGCUGAAGCUAAAGCAGAGAAAUGGAGUGAGAAGCAGAAGGUGGUUUACACUGCUCGGACACCUCCCGGGUCAAAGAAAGACACCAGCUUGCCGUUCCCAUCCUCGUACAGUCCAGAGUAUGUGGAGUCCAGCUGGUAUCAGUGGUGGGAGAAAGAGGGAUUCUUUGGUCCAGAGCAACAUCACCGGCACACACGUUUUUUCUCAUCUUCCAACUUGAAAAUGCCACAUUGUCAUCAGGAGAGGUUAACUCACGCUGUGGACAGGACCUUCUCUCUGUGUAUCCCUCCACCAAACGUGACUGGUUCUCUGCACCUGGGCCAUGCUCUGACGGUAGCUGUGGAAGAUGCUCUGGUUCGAUGGAGAAGGAUGCAGGGUUACAGAGUACUGUGGGUCCCUGGAUGUGAUCAUGCAGGUAUUGCAACACAGACAGUGGUGGAGCGGAGACUACUGAGGGAAGGAGGGAAGCGCAGACAGGACUUCACUAGGGAAGAGUUUCUACGGGAGGUGUGGAAAUGGAAGGAGGAGAAAGGAGACGAGAUCUACAAGCAGCUGAGGAGGCUCGGAGCUUCUCUGGACUGGAGCAGAGCGUGUUUCACCAUGGACCCAGCUUUCAGCAGAGCCGUGACUGAGGCCUUUGUCAGGCUGUGUGACUCUGGUCUAAUAUAUCGCUCAGAGGCUUUGGUCAACUGGAGCUGUGCUCUGGAAUCUGCCAUCUCUGACAUAGAGGUUGACUCAAAGGACCUUUCUGGGAAGACCAUGUUGUCUGUUCCUGGUUAUGAAAACAAUGUGGAGUUUGGAAACAUGUUUACCUUUGCAUACCCCAUGGAAGGCCACGAUGGACAGGUGGAAGUGUCGACCACCCGUCCUGAGACUAUGUUGGGAGAUGUGGCUGUAGCCGUUCACCCAGACGACCCUCGGUAUCAGGCUCUUCAUGGGAGGCAGUGCAGACACCCCUUCACCAACAGGCUCCUGCCCAUCAUCACUGAUUCAAUGGUGGACAUGGAGCUUGGAACUGGUGCAGUGAAGGUGACCCCUGCUCAUGACCACACUGAUUUCCUGCUAUCAAAGAGGCACUCACUGCCAUGCCUUACCGUAAUUGGAGGUGAUGGAACCAUGAAGCCCACCUGUGGACAGUGGCUGGAGGGAGUUAAGCGUUUUGAUGCCAGACAGCUCGUUGUGGAUGCACUGGCUGAGAAGAAGCUGUUCAGAGAAAAGAAAAGUCACGCCAUGACUUUGCCCAUCUGCAGCCGCUCAGGAGACAUCAUUGAACCACUUCUGAAGAAGCAGUGGUUUGUUUCCUGUCGUGAAAUGGCCAAAAAAGCUGUUCAGGCUGUGGAAGACGAACAGCUUGAAAUCAUCCCUCACUACUACACCAAGACAUGGAAAAACUGGCUGUCUAAUAUCAGUGAUUGGUGCAUUUCCAGGCAGCUUUGGUGGGGUCAUCAGAUCCCUGCUUACCAAGUGGAGCUUCCUAAUUCUGUUUCAACUGACCAACAAGAGGAGCUGUGGAUCUGGGGACAUAGCGAGGAUGAGGCCCGACAAAGAGCUGCUGUCAAAUAUAGAGUGAAGCCAGAAGCCAUCACUUUGACUCAGGAUCCUGAUGUCCUGGAUACAUGGUUCUCCUCUGGGCUGUUUCCCUUCGCAAUGCUUGGCUGGCCUGAGAAGACCACUGACCUUCAGGGCUUCUACCCCAAUUCCAUUUUGGAGACGGGCAGUGACCUCAUCUUUUUCUGGGUGGCAAGGAUGGUGAUGCUGGGCACAGAGCUGACUGGACAGCUGCCUUUUAAACAGGUUCUCCUUCACUCUCUCGUGAGAGAUAAACAUGGCAGGAAAAUGAGUAAAUCUUUGGGAAAUGUCAUUGACCCAUUAGAUGUUAUACAUGGAGUCUCUUUGGAGAGACUUGAAGAGAAAGUAAAGGAGGGAAACCUUGACCCCAGGGAGCAGCUGGUUGCCAUGGAAGCACAGAGGAAAGACUUCCCCAAAGGAAUCCCUCAGUGUGGGACCGAUGCUCUGAGAUUCGCCCUUUGCUCUCACAAAAUGCAGGGUGAAGACAUCAGUCUGUCCAUCUCUCAGGUCCUGAGCAGCAGACACUUCUGUAAUAAAAUGUGGCAGACACUGAGAUUCACACUGGGAGUGCUGGGUGACAACACAACGCCAGUGGCAACACUGGAAGAGACGACUGCUCUGAGCAGCAUGGACCGCUGGAUCUGUUCCAGACUCUACAGCACAGUAGUAAAGUGUGAGCAGGCCUUUGAAGCUUACGAGCUGCAUACUGUCACAUCUGCACUGUAUUCCUUCUGGGUCCAUAGCUUGUGUGACGUCUACAUGGAGUAUGUGAAGCCUGUGCUGGCCCAGCAGGAGGGUGGGCCAGUGCUUCAGACUGACACAGAGCACAGUGUCAGAGCGAGGCACGUGGCCAGUAGUGUCCUCUAUCACUGUGUGUCUACAUCUCUGGCCCUGCUCUCCCCCUUCAUGCCCUUCAUCACUGAGGAGCUGUGGCAGAGACUACAGCCAUUCAGACCUGAAGCUGCUGCCCAGACCACUCUGUGUUUACAGCCAUACCCCUGCUCCUCUCAGCUGACUCACUUGCACUUCCCUGAAGAGGAAAGGGAUUUCCUGCUGGUGCAGGAAGUGAUCCGAGUGGCCCGCUCACUACGAGCCCAGUGUGGCAUGACCAAAGAAAAGCCGGCCAUGUGGGCAUUGUGUUCACCCAGCCAGGCCCAGGUCCUCCUUCACUUUAGGUCAGCUGUUGGGACGUUAGGCCGGAUAUCCAGCCUACAUUUCUGCUGUCCUCACAAGGAUGACAACCUCUCUGUCCACUCCAGUCCUCCACCUGCAGGAAGCCUCAUUGGUGUUGUGGACCACACAUGCCAGUUACACCUUCACAUUCAGAGUGAAAUGAACACUGACAAACAGAUCCUGCAGCUUUCCCAGUGCAAAGACAGGCUUGUUCCAAAGCUGGAGAAACUUCUCUGCAGAGUCCAGUCACCAGACUACUUGACAAGGGUUCCUGCUCAUGUCAGACAGCAGAUGGACACUAAGAUAUCAGCCCUGCAGCAAGAACUGAAGACGAUUGAGGACCAGCUGAACGUUCUACAAAAGACUCAAACAACAGAGUAACUACAGCCAACAGGCAGUACAGUAACUGUGUGGACUGCUGGACUUGAUUAAUGAUUUAAAAUGUUGUCUGAGCUGGGGAUGUUUACACUACUUCAGUGAAGGAGCAGUGUAUGAUAUGAUCAUGUUGUGCACAUAAUGCAAUAUGUCACUGUCAAACUGUAAUAAUACAGUAAUGUACUGCAUAAUUCUACAGCUCACCUGCAGGUAUCUGUGAAUUACUUCUGUUUUGUCUGAAGCAGUUUGUCAGUUUUUCCUGUUCAUCAAGUAUUUGUGUCAUGGCCAUAGUGUUGUGAUCCGAAAAUGGCUUUUCUGUUAAAAACCCUUGUUGAGUGUUCUUAAAAUGAAUGUAUUUUCCUAAAGUUGACUAAAUGUGUUUCCUUGCUGAGAAUGUCAGACUUUUGAAGAAUCCUGGUCCAAUAUAUCAUGUGAGAUAUGCAGUAAAAACAAGCCUAAUUAUGUGGUUCACAUCAGUCUGGUAAUGAUUGCAAGUAAUGUGUACUUGAUUUAACACAGUGUCAGCAAAAGUCAGCACUAGAGAUGUUCCGAUACCAUUUUUUCCCUCCCGAUACCGAUUCCAAUACUGCUGUGGGUAUCGGCCGAUACCGAGUACCGAUCCGAUACCAGUAUGUUAUAAAAAAAAAAUCAUACUACACCUGCUUGACUGUGAUUUGAUUUGAUUUGAUUUGAUUUAUUUGGCACAGUUUUAAAAGAAAGAAUAAUAAUAACAUAAUAACUACAACAAUAAUACAAGUUAUAUAUCCCAUAUACAUAUUGAAAUAAAAUAAAGACAUGUCAGGAACACCCAAAAAACUCUCAUGGGGCUUGAAUAGUGGGAUUCCCUAAUAUAACAUAAAAUAAAAAAGAACAAGGAACAUAGAAUUAUACAGAGCAAGAAACAAGAAAAACAAAACAAAGGCACAACAUAGCAAUGAAACAAGAAUUAUAAUAGGUUUUUGAAAUAGUAAUUUUUGAAAUAGUUAAUUUUUUAAAUGAUAAACGAGAAAGGUUGAUUAAGUAAGGAGGAAGUCAGUUCCAUAUCCUGGAUCCUCUAUAUGUAAUGCUAAACUGUGAUGUCAUAUGAUUAUUGUUGUGGUAAGAUCUGGCUCAGGUUAAAUCCUUUGUAAAACAUGAAUAAAUACAGCAGCAUCAAGCCGUUUAUUUUUACAUUUAUUUUUAAAUAAAACAGUAUACAAAACAGUAGUGGAACAGCAACUUAAAUAAAUCUGGGGGUCCGGGGGCAUACCCCCCGGAGAACACUUUUGCCCUAAUAGCCUAAAGUUGGUGCCAUGGCACAUUCUUAUGCAACUAUUCCAUCUUAAUCAUUGCUUAUUUUUAAGAAUUAUUUUAAGAAGAACUGGGCACAAACAAGGGCGAGCAACCAAAAUACAAUAAGCCAAAUAUAUAUUGAAUAAAUUCAGCAUAGCAUAAAAUCAUAGUAAAGAUUAGAGACUAAAAGUAGGAGCAUAAUGUAUAAAUUAAUUUAACAAGCAUGCAUUGACCAUGCACUAGUCGAUGAUAGUUCAAGUUGUACAAGCUGCUGGACUGUCUUUGCAUAUCAGAAUAUAUUAUAUAUUAUAAUAUUAUAUAAUAAAAUUAACUGUUCAUUUAAUAGUCAUGCUAACGGGUAGAGGUAUGUAAAUAUUAUAAUAACUUGACACCAAGGGCGCUCUCGUGAAAUAUGCUAUUGAGUUGCAUUAUGGGCAGUGCAGGAACCUGGGAUUUGUAGCGUCUGCUAAGGAAUAAAAGUCAGGGUAUCUUCACCUCUGCUGCCACAAUUCUGACCUGUCUUAUUUUUACCGACAUAAGAUCAGAGGACUCAAAAUGAACGUGCUCCUAUUAUGUGGCAGAUUUGUGUUUGCAGGUUUUGUUUUUUUCAUAAAUAUCUUUAUUGGGUUGUCAGGACAUAAUACAUUUUCAAUCAGUAAGGGUACAAUUCACCCAUUUUUACCAUAAGAUAAUUCUCACUGUACUGCACUUUCAAAAUAAAAUAAGUAAUUGUGCACAAAAAUGACAAAUGUCAUUGUCGUACAAAAAUAAUUGUUAUAGUUGGUAAGUAUCAUUGUUUCAAUCAAAUAUAAAUAUAAAUAAAGGAUUUGAAUGCUU